GGGCUUGACAUGGGAGGACUUAGGAACGAGGAGACCUUUGGAACUUGAGGAGGGGGCUUUGGAAAUGGGGGCAGCAGGUCUGGGCCAGGGGCUGGAUUUGGGGGAGCUGCUCUGGGCCAGUCUGGGGGUCUCCCCGUGUGGGUGCCAUGGGGUCAGUGCAUCCACGUGGGAAAGGGGUUUGGGAACAAUGUGCUGGGAGGGGAGGGGGAGCAGCCCCGACCUGCUCCCAGAUAUUCCUUAUCCCCCUGGAGUUUCCCCCGUCCUGAUCCUCUCCCUUCAGAGCUGGAAUGUCUCCUCCUGGCUGACAUUCCCGAUGGGAUGGAAGCCCUGACCCCUGACAAGGCCCUGCGGCACAACCCUCGCUCGGCGCCGGUGUCUGCUGCCGCCACCAACGGAAAACCUUGGGAAAACGGGAAAAAUGGGAAUGCAGGGAUGAGGCCCUUCAAGAAGAGGCACCUCACGGCCCCCGAGUGCGAAGCCCUCGCCCGGAGCGCGGAAGGUUCGUCCGCCCUCACGCAGCCCCUGAGCCAGAGACGAGGGAGAGGAGACGGGAAUAAGGGCCUUCAUCCCGCCCACCGGCCAUGGAGAUGCCAGGGAGGACAAGGCCGGCAGAAGAACAUCCUGGAUUUCUUCGGGAAAUCCCGGAAGCAACAAGCGGGUGCCGCUGGGACCAAAGAGGAGCCGCGGGAUCCCUUUUUCCCGGGAGCUGACGAUUCCUUCAGCAGCCACACGGACCUCAGCAGCGACUCCUCAGCUCUCCUGGAGGAUGAGGACUUCGUGCCAGCUCCCAGGGGAGAAUCCAGGAAGCGGUCCCUUGCUGCCACAGCCUCGGGAAUUCUCAAUCCGGAGCAGGAUUUGUGGGGGGAGCCUGAGGAGAAGCCACCGGUUCCUCCGGAGCUCGGCCAGGUCAAGCAGGAUCCGGAUGACGUGGAAGUGGAGCCAGUCCCUGAUCCACACUACGGACUCCUGGGCACUCGGAACUGGGAAGAGCCUCAGGGAAAUCUGGAUGAGCUGCCUGUGGAAGUCCUCAGGCACAUCUUUGCCUUCCUUCCCGUGACUGAUCUGUACCAGAACCUGAGCCUGGUGUGUCACUGCUGGAGGGAGAUAGUCAGGGAUCCACUGUUCAUUCCUUGGAAAAAGCUGUACCACCAGUACCUGAUGAGGGAGGACUCAGCCCUGCGAAGAGUUGAGCAGAUCCUGCAGGAUUUCUCCAUCACAAAGGAGCAGGAAGGAUGUGUCUUGGGGCUGAUCACGUUGGUGUCGGCCACGCCCGUCAGGGGGAAGGUGGAUCCUGGCGCGGUUCUCCAGUGUUUGGGAAGCCACCACCUCUUCUCCAAGGCCCAAGUGUGCGUGGCCAACAAGCUGCCCCAUCUGCAGAGCAAGACAGGGGCUGAGAACAUGUGGGCCAUCGUUGCGGUCAUGGUGCUGUUCUCCGACAGCGUCGGCGACAUCCAGAGGCUGCUGGAAUGUCUGAGGAGACCCCGCUCCAACCUCUCCGUGCUGGAGGUGACCGAGGUGCUUUACUGCAUUGCCACGCUCCUGUUUGCCAUGAGGGACAGGAAUAUUCCCAUCACCAACAGGUGAGG